AUGGAAUCCUACAGCAACGCGCAGUACGCGCACACCCGCACCUCGCACCUCACCAAACUCUACACCGACGCCAAAAAGAGCGCCCUCACCAGCCUAGAAGUAGUCCAGCCCAACACCACCCAGACCUUCACGGCCCUGCACCGCAAAUACCGCAUCCAAAAAGACCGCCUAAUCACCUGGGGCCUCUCGUGGAGCGACGACGAGAAGGGGCCCGAUGGCAAUAUCGACGAGUCCGUCGCCCGUGCGGGUUUGACGGAGACGGUCGACAGUGUGUUACGCAAUAUCAAGGAGGUGACUGAUGAAGCCGAACGCAUCAAAGCGGCUUCUGUGCCUGGUGGUGGGGUGGCGAAGGCCGGGGCGGGGGACAGUAAGUUUGUUGCUGAAGUGCCUUUUGAUGAGGCGAGGUAUGAGGAUUUGCUCAGGGAUUUGACGACGAGUAUCGAUACGUUGUAUGAUCUUUCCCGGUCAAGGAAGGCUUUGGCGAGGGGCGAGCAUCCGACUUUUCAACCUGCGCCGCCGCCACCGCCUGCUGUUCCGACUGCGGUGGGGGAUGAGAAGAAAGGGGGGAAGUUUGAGCUGGUGAUGAAGGAGUCUUUGGGGAGGGUGCCGAGUUAUGCUUCGAGCGCGAGGACUUUGGUGAAUCCGCCGGCUUUUACUCGACCGAGUCUUUCGCCUUAUGCUGGAUUGCCGCCGAGGAUUGAGAGUUCUGCUUUACGGUUGCCGGAGGAGGGACCGCCGCCGUAUGAGAGCUUGGGUGUGCCGUCGACGACUCGGCUGGUUGGGCUGUUAGUGCGGUCGAGGGUGUCGGAUGGGGUGAGGAAUGCUCUCGGCAGCAGUGCGAUGGAGGUCCCAGUACUGGUGGAGUUUGCCAACUUCGAUCCGACGUAUCGGGAUACUGGAGUGCCGCCGCCGCUGCAACGACUGGAGUCGCUGGCGGCUACGUUCCAGCCUAUGCGGUCGGAGUCGCAAUCGAAUUUAAGCUUGCUCGGGUACUUUGAGGAUUUUCGACAACCUCGCAUUGGGCUGGUAUACGAUCUGCCGUAUUCGAUCCAGAAUCGGCUGCAGGGCACUUACGAGACUGUCGCUCAGAAACUUACUCCCAUCAGCCUGCUUAAGCUCGUGCAGAAGGCCAACAAGCCUCAAGCGCCGAAUAGCGAUGUCGUCGUUCCGCCGCUGGAAGAUCGCUUCUGCAUCGCCUUGCGUCUGGUCGAGCAACUACAAGCUCUGCACUCACGAGAAGUGGCGCAUGGCAACAUCAAUAGCAGCAGUGUCAUCUUCACUACCACCGAGACUGAAUCGCCAACAAGCCGGCACAAGCAAAUGAGGUCGCCGCUUUGGGCUGCCUUUGACUUGUUCUCGAAAUGCAGUGUCGAAGGCAUGACCCGCACACAAAAUUUGAACAUCUACAAGCACCCCGAGGACCACCCGCAGAGUCCUGGACGGAGCAUUGGGACGGAUAUCAAGUUUGAUAUGUACGGCUUAGCUUUGCUACUUCUUGAAGUCGGACUAUGGACGCCUAUCGGCGGGCUGUACAAGGCAAAGUACUCUCUGUCAGAUUUCAAGCUGCGACUGGAGAAGCUCUGGAUCCCGAAGCUGGCAGCGAAAUGCGGAUCAGGGUACAUGCGUGCUGUACAGGCUUGCGUCGCUGCUGCGGAUGAUCUGGACCUCAGUCAGAGCGGACCGGUGAUUGAGAGUGCCUACGAGUUGGUGCUGAGGAAUAUUCGACAAUGCUGUCUGCUGGACGAGAGCAUGUCCAAUGACAAAUCGUACCCAACUGAGAGCUUCCCAGAGACUGCGCCAACCGGCAUCAAGAGAAAGCCGUUGCCUGGCGAUGGUGGCAUGCUUGUACGUCAACAGUCUGAUAACCUUGAGCUGCAGCGGAAGCGGUCGAUCGAGACGAACUUGUCUGGGGUGUCGUCUCGCCUUUCAUCGCUGCCGAAUUUACCAGCUUUUGUCGCGCCAGAGGCUCAGUUGCUCGCCUCUCCGAGCUCGAUGGAGCCUGGAACAAGGCAGCAGUUGAUGAGGUCUCGACUUUCGCGGCUCGAGAGCAUUCCACAGGCUGAACCGGAGAAGUCGCAGUAUUUCGCAAAUCCGCCGUCUUUCAAGGAGUAUAAGCAGAAGGUGGUCUUUCUGCAGCGGAGAUGGAGGGUGCACCUUGCGAGUCGCCAGGCUGCUGCUCAACCUACCAGGCCUCAAGUCGACAGAAGUGUCGGAGACGACGAAGUAGCCGACCAGUCUACCAAGCCGAAGAGGCAGGAGUUCCCACAGCUACCGCUACCGCAAAGCGUGGUGGAUGAGUGGCAUAGCAAGACUUCCUACCAGCUCGCGAAGCUUGUCGAAAAGGCGCUGAAAGGCUCUCCAGAGUCCAGCUCCAUUGCUCUGACAGCCUAUGGCGAAACGCCUGAGACUGCUCGCCCUACUUUCCUGGUCUGUUGCACGUCGACUGCCAAGGUUAGGCACGUUCUGAAACGCCACUUCAAGUUCGAUUCUUCAGUUUGUGACGUGCGGGUGAAGCGGGACGAGAUCAGACGCUGUCGUCGACCAAAAGCCGAUCAUCCUGUGAGCUUUGCUAGGAGGAGUAUGGCGUUCCAUGAUGGGGAUGUUUGGGCCAAAGCGGCGAACCCGGACUACCAGCCUCGACCGAUCUGCGGGGCUUCGAUAGGAGCGUACAGAGAUGACGAGCAUCUGCCGCCGGUAUCUUUUGGUGGCGUGAUCUUGGUUGAUGGCGUUUCGUACGGCAUGAGUGUGCACCAUAUGCUUGAGGCGGACGAUGACGAUGAUGAGGAUAGUGAUGAAGAUGAGGAUGAGUCCGAUACUUCGAGUGUGAGGAGCUUCGACAAUGUUUCGAUCUCCUCUGAGUCAGAAGAUGAGAGCACUGUGCGGCCGCCUUCGACUGUACCGGAUACUCGAUCUUCGACAGACGCGCAUGAAGGCGACGCUCCCGGCAUCGUACCGGGUGACUACGAAGAAGUGCCCAUCACCCAGCCAGCCCUCGACGACGCAAUCGAACUCGACCUCCACGUCGACGAAGAAGACGACGACUCCGACUCCGGCAUCGAUGAAGACCACCUCCUCUCCUACAAGCUCGGCCAAGUCCACGCCUCGUCGGGCCUCAAACGCACCGCCACUUCGCUCGAAAAUGGGUUCCAAAGCAUUGACAAAUCCCUCCCACAGGAAAUCGACUGGGCUUUAUUCGAACUCGUGCCGCCCCGCAUCAAACCUUACAACGUCGUCCGCGGCGGCGCAAGAUAUUGCUCGCUCAAAAAUGGUUGUUCUCCCGACACCAACCCCGUCGACAUCCGCAGCUCCUCGACUCUCGCGCAGGCGAAAGUCCACUGUCUCGGCCGCACGAGCGGAUUAGCCAGCGGCACGAUCUCGCACGCGAUGGAGCUGGUCAAAAUCCACGGCCGUAGCACGUUCUCCGCCUCCUGGGCCGUGGACGGCAAUUUCGGCGUCGGCGGCGACUCCGGGGCGUGGGUGAUCAGCAACGACGACGGGCGGGUUUGCGGACACGUAUUGGCUUCACGGAAGGGCAGGACGUAUAUCUGUCCGAUGGACUUGCUGUUGGAGGACAUUAAAGCGACGUUGGGCGCGGGGAGUGUUACUCUGCCGGGUUUUGGGGGCGCAAGGGCGGAGGAGGAUGCGGAGAGUCAGGCGCUGAGGGAUGCGGUGAAGAGGAUGCGGAUGGGGGAGGAGAGGGGAGGGGUGGCAUUGCGUAGGAGUGAGGGGAGGCCGGCGGGGAGGGAGGUGAGGAGGUCUAGGGUUGGGGGUGGGCAUGGGCAUGAGCAUGGGCAUGGCGAGAUGGCGAGGGGGAGGGGCGUUGUUGAGGCGGCGGGUUAA